AUGAAUUUGUUCAACAAAAAAGUAAGGAAGGCGUCCGAGCAGUUGACGAUCCCGUCAAUGCCAUCGAUAAGGAGAAAGGACAAAGAUUACAAGUGUUUUUAUUGCAAAGGGGAUAUUAACAAAGAUUCAGAUUAUCGCCAGGAGUCAAAUGGGGUGAACUUGUAUCAUACCAAAUGCCUAACCUGUCACCAAUGCAAGCAUGACUGCUCGUCGGAGUUUUACAUUACCUUCAAGAAGAUCAAUAGACAUUAUUUACCGAUGAUAUACUGCAAAAGAGACAUGAAUGAGGUAUGCCAUGCCUGUGGAGAAUCGAUUGAGAAAGGAGGGCUUGUGACCUAUUUAGAAAACAAGUACCAUGAAGAGCAUUUCCGCUGCUCCGAAUGUUUGAAAAUAUUGUCGUUGGACGGCCAAGUAUUCGAAUUGAAACGGAAAUUGUACUGUUCCAAACAUUUCAUUGUCGAAUAUCGGAAAGAAAAAGUUAAUCAAGAAACUUUUUUGCAAAAUAAAGAAAUUCGCAAGAGUAGAAUCCAUAGUGAUUUGUACCACGGAUUCAGUUUAGAUUAUUAUAUGGAAGACGACGACGACGACGAAGACAGCGAGGGUUAUGGCGAAGAAGACGCGGAGUUUCACCACGAUAAUUUGGAUAUUCGAGAUUUCAGCAAAAAUGACUACUCUACUAAAUACUGCGGCGGUUGUAACACCAUGCUUUUGGCAGGGAGUAAUAUAAAAGACGUACGGUUUUAUAAUUCUGAUAAACGAGAAUACUGGCACCUUGAUUGUCUUACAUUGUUCAAGAAAUAUAAAGUGAUAUUGAGUCCGAAGUUCGUCGAUCCAAGACGAUUUAUAAUGUUCAACAAAAAUGCCAGUAGUAUCAAUUUGAAUGCGGUACUCCGAAAUAUUUCCCAAAAAUUGGAUUUAUAUUUUGAAAAACUCGAGCUGGAAUUCAAUUUCAUUGGGGUUAACAUCAAUAACCGCGACAAAGUGGGAUUGUUUCAAAAUUUUAAUAACCUACUAUCACAAAUCCAACUUCUAUUCAACGCGACCCAAGACAUUUUCUUCGUCAUUGAAGACCAUUAUACCGCAAUUAGACGGUACAAAUUCACAGAAGCAGAGUCAGAAAACGGAAGCGGCAACCUGUUGGAAAAAAUCAAUUUCACCAGGUACACCACACUAAAGGAAAAACAUACCCGGAUUCAUAGCUUAUUCGCCGAUUUAUUAAGAACUAGCAUUUCUGAUUAUGAGAUGCAGGAAUUUGGCACGAAAUUAGUGAAGACUAUCGAUUAUGUCAUUGCCUUUGUACUUCAUAAGAUCCUUGUUUAUAAUUACCUUACUAAAGAGAACCAUUUGCUUCAGCUAUUUCUUGAUAAAUUAAACUCUGAAAUCGUGGUGAUGGAUACUCAUACUGAGGCCGAGAAUUCCAUGGAGGAAAAUAGAGAAAUCUUGAAAGAGUAUAUCUCCCAAGAACCUCCUGUCAAUACUGAUUUUCUAAACUUUGAUCAGGAAACCAACGCUAGCUUGCUAAGCGUUAACCGAAGCAUCAAUGUCAAUGAUAAAUCCGGCGCUUUGGAAGAAUCAAGUAUACCUGAUACCACUACAGAAAACACCAUUGAUAAGCCACUCAAUAAGGAUAAUAAUAAUGAUAAAAAUACUAAUAACAUUUUGUUGGCUAAUACGGGCGACCAAGUUUCAGACUUUGAUAGUAUUGAUAAGACAGUUAUUCCCGAGGAUUUCGAAAUACAGUUGAAUGGUAGAACCCCUUUGCACGCUAGAGAUGAUAACGAUUUCCUGGACCCAGUGUGCAGCAAAUGUCAACAAGAAAUCAAACUCGAAUCAUUUAUUUUUCAAAUAUCGGGUGAGGGUGAAUCACAAAAGAUUUUUAGGUUUCAUAUGAAUUGUGUCGAACCCCAGGAUUUUAUGGGAGCGAUGGAUGUGCCAAAUAUCAUUGACGCUUAUGGACUGGCAGACAUAGAUGGUGCAGAAAAGAUGAGCUCUUCAAAAACACAGAUUGAAUACGUCUCAGUUUAUGAUCAAACUAUUGAUUCGACAAAAAGACUUUUGAAAAGUUGGUUUUCGAAGCAGCUUACGAAACAGCCGCCUUCGCCAGUCAUUUAUAAUUAG